GGUUUAGUAGUGUUGUCCAUGCUCUCUCUCUCACACACAUUCACACCAAUCACACACACACACACAUAAACGGCGCAGACAGAGAAGUUGGACUUUUACAACUUUUCUCUGCAUAGCGGGACUCCACGCGUCAGUUUUCCCACUUCCAACCUGGAAAACACCACAUUCCUCCUUCUUUACUUUUCUACCUGUGGCGUGGACGGAGUGGACCUGUCGGAUCGGGUCUCUGGCAACUUUUGGAUCAUCAUUCUUGUGGAAGAGCGCGCACCCUGACUUGCGGUGAGGGAAUAAUGUAACCGUGCGUAAAUGCGGUGGUCAUCCGUGUCGAUCACGCGUGGAACAGCAGCAGCAGCAGCAGCAGCGCAGGGGGCUCCGGUCAACAUGAGCAUGUCCGGCGGUUUGUCGGAUACUUGUCAGCUCAUUUUACGCGACCGCGUGGAGUCCGGGCUGUGGAAGUGAGACCUGCUGGGUCUCCUAAGGGGGAAGGAAUCGUUCUGGGAGGUGAAACCCACGCAGGCAGAGAAGCUCGCAGACUUUGCAGAAGGAGACGAUGAGGGGAACUUUGGGUGCGUUCAUCCAGUCCUGCCUGGUUCUGCUGGUCCGGACAGACCAGUGGAGGCUGAAGGAACCCACCAGCUGCCAGUUAAACACCAAACAAACCGACCUCAACUCCUUCCUAUGGACAAUCAAACGGGACCCCCCCUCAUAUUUCUAUGGUACAAUCCAUGUUCCGUACACACGCGUUUGGGACUUCAUCCCUGAAAACUCCAAACAGGCCUUUCAGGAAAGCAACAUUGUGUACUUUGAGCUGGACUUGACUGACCCUUACACCAUCUCAGGGCUGACCAGCUGCCAGUUGCUUCCUCAGGGUGAGAACCUCCAGGAUGUUCUACCCAGAGACAUCUACAGGAGACUCAAAAGACACCUCGAGUAUGUGAAACUCAUGAUGCCCUCGUGGAUGACCCCGGACCAGAGAGGAAAGGGCCUGUACGCCGACUACCUCUUCAAUGCCAUCGCUGGCAACUGGGAGAGGAAGCGGCCCGUUUGGGUCAUGCUGAUGGUGAAUUCGCUCACGGAGGCAGACAUCAAGACGCGAGGGGUUCCGGUGCUGGACCUGUACCUGGCUCAGGAAGCGGAGAGGAUGAGGAAGAAAACCGGGGCGGUGGAGAAGGUGGAGGAGCAAUGCCAUCCACUCAACGGACUCAACUUUUCCCAGGUCAUCUUUGCCUUAAACCAGACAUUAUUACAGCAGGAGUCUUUGAGAGCCGGAAGCCUGCAGGUCCCAUAUACUACUGAGGAUCUGAUUCGGCACUACAACUGCGGAGAUCUUAACUCAAUCAUCUUUAAUCAUGAGACCUCACAGGUGCCUAACUUCAAUAAUGUGACACUGCCGCCCAGUGAGCAGGUGACCGCCCAGGAAAUAGACAGCUACUUCAGACAGGAGCUCAUCUACAAGAGGAAUGAAAGGAUGGGGAAGAGAGUCAAGGCACUGCUCGAGGAACACCCUGACAAGAGCUUCUUCUUCGCUUUUGGAGCAGGUCACUUUCUCGGCAACAACACCGUCAUCGAUGUGCUCCGUCGCCAAGGUUACGAGGUGGAGCACACUCCUGCAGGGCAGUCUCUAAAAAGGAGAUCGUCAUUCAGACAUGCUUCUCCAGCGUCAGACCACGAGGAGUCUCUUCUUCUUGAGCCUUUCCUCCAUGAGCUCUCCCACAAGGAGGAAGACGGUGGGCGUCACCUAGAGGAAGAACUGUUUCCUCACGUCCUUCUUCCAACCGACAGCCUAGAGCUGCUGGAGAAGGCAGAAAGAAAAAUGCUGAAGAAAAAACGGCGGAACAAGCAGAAGAAACAGCGGAACCGGCAUUUCAAUGAUCUCUGGGUCCGCAUAGAGGAGAGCUCCAUGGGACAGUCCCCACCUCCCCCUGUGGUUCGCAUUAUUAAUGGCUACAUCACUGUGCAGCCGCCUCAAAGAGUCCACCAUCAGCUACCGUCUGGAUCCGCUAGCUCAUCAUCCUCAUCCUUCCUGCCCAUCUUUCUCUUCACUGUGCUAUCAGCUACCUGGCAGAAGUGGACUGUUUUUCUUUAGCAGGACUUCAUCAAUAUUCAAACUUUAAGAGGUUCAACUCAAAAUGAUCAAAGGUCUCACACAGUUUACACACUAGAUCUCUUUAAGACUGAGAUGGAAAUGGAAAAAGUUUAGUAAAACAUUGAGAAAUGAGCUUUGAAUGCAGUUUUCAAGUAAAGGGGUCACCUCAGUUCAAACCCCCUUUUUUUUAGCAAAUUGAGGCCAUGUUGAGCAUGCAAAUUCAAACAGUUUGAGGUUUCUUGGAACAUAAAGCUUAGGUUUCAGGGAUUCUUUACACACAGAGAAGCCUGCCGUACUCAAAACAAAGCAUGUAAAAUGAGAGAAAGAAAAAAGGAAAUCUAUAUAUAUAAGUCAGUUCCAUGAUGGAUCGCAGUUUUACUGCAGACACACUUUUGUUAGGCGUUCAGUGCCGGCCGUAUUUACAGAUAUCAAUACCUUUCAAAGACAGAGAACAAGAAUAUCAGUUAAACCAUUGCUGAAUGUUAGAUAUGUUCCACAACUGGGACCACAUGUUUGUGUGUGAUUGUGAAUAAGAGUGUACAUAAGUGCGUGUGUGUGUGUGUGUCAGUUAGGAACAAAGAUCCAAUCCGUUUUUAAGGCCAUGUCACACAGCCACUAUGUACUUUUUGCGCCUUUUCCACGUAUGAAAUUUCUGUCUUUUGUGAUACAUGCGUGACAUACGUAAUUCACAAGUGUUUCUUGUGUUUGUCAUUCGUCGAUGUGCGAUGUAAGUCUGUCGAGGGUUUCAGCUGACGGGUCUUUACGUGAGUUUGGUUUUGAGCUCUUCACAAGUUUUGGUCGGUGGAGAAUUACACAGUUUCACAUACUUUAUGUAGUUUAUAUGAAAUUACAUUUACAAGCCUGCUGACCUGCCUUCUCUUCAGGAAGCAGAGGCUUAGGACUUUGGGGUGGGUCUGUCCAUCACUCAAGCUGAAGUCAAUGAGCUCCUCAGUGGUAAGGCUCCCGGAGCAGAUGAAGUCCACCCUGAGUACCUCAAGUCUCUGGAUGCCGUCUUGGCUGACACAUCUUUGCAGCAUUGAGUGACGCUCAGGAACUGUACCACUGGACUGGCAGACAGGGGUGGUGGUUGCCCUUUUCAAGAAGACAGACUGGGGGGUGUGGAGCCCUGCUGGGAGUUUAUGCCAGGGUAUUACAGAGAAGAGUUGUUCGACAGUUGAACCUUAGAUCCAGGAACAAGAGUGCAGUUUCCGUCCUGGUCGGGGAACAGUGGACCAGCUUUCUACCCUCUAUAGGGUGCUGGAGGGUUUGUGGGAGUUUGCUGAUCUGGUCCACAUUUGCUUUGUGGAUUUGGAGAAGGCGUUCGACCGCGUCCCCCAUGGUAUCCUGUGGAGGGCGCUCUGGGAGUAUGGGGUCCGGGGAGCCUUACUGAGGGCUGUCCAGGCUCUGUAUAACCGGAGCAGGAGCUUGGUUCGCAUAGCCGGCAGUAAGUCAAAUCUGUUCCUGGUGUAUGUUGGACUCACGCAGGGCUGCCCUUCAUCCCUGGUUCUGUUGAUGGUCUUUAUGGGUAGCAUUUCUAAAGGCAGCCAGAGCCUGGGGGGGGCUAGUUUGGGGACCACAGGCGUGGUCGACCAUCUCAUUGCAGAUGAUGUUUCCUGUUGGCUUCAUCAAGCCAGGAUCUGCAGCGUGCAUUGGGCAGUUUGUGGCCGAGUGUGAAGCGACUGGGAUGACAGUCAGCACAGCUAAAUCUGAAGCCAUGGUUCUUGACAAGAGAAAGAUAGUUUGCCCUCUUUCGGUGCGCGGAGUUUCUUUUGCCCCAAGUGUAAGAGUUGAAAUAUGUUGGGGUCUUGCUUACUAGUGAGGGAAGUUCGGUCAGUAAGAUCGACAGCUGGUUUGGCGCAGUGUUGCUAUGUAGUCGCUGCUAUGCGGUCGCUGUUCUGUCUCCCAAGAGGAGAUUGAGGAAGCGGCCAGGCAGGUCUAGGCAUCUUUGCUUAGACUGGUGCCCCCACGACCCGGUCCCAGAUGAGCAGAAGAAGAUGGAUGGAUAGAUAAGCAAUUAUUACGUAGAUCUUACGCAGUUGUGCAGGAUUUUUGCGAGAUGCACGCACAAAUGUGUUGCUAUCCAUGACAGUUCCACUUAUGUCUAACAGACUUUUCACCCAUGUAUCACCAAUGUAUAUCUUUUAUAUCACGUAUAAUGUACACAGAUCACGUUCAAGUUACGUAUUUGACGCAAGAAUAACAAAUGAAUUGCAUAUUGCAAUAAUCCCGCACACUUCAUGUUCUACGUAGAUUUACGUUUUAACAUGAUUCAUUCAUGAUACAUCUGUGAAAAUUUCAAAUAAAGAAAACUUUUAUCACUUUUUCACGUAUAUUCAGGUAUGAACAAUUUUCAUCCGUGCCAUAUGAGCAAAAUAUACUUAGUUGCUUUGUGACCCGGCCUUUACAUCCCAUUUUUUUGCUAGCAGAAACGUUUAUCAGACCUUAAUUUAUUCUUCAGUUUUUAGAAGAGAUUGCUUAAAGUUGCUUAAGAACAUACUGUGGCUGUAAGUGUAUAUAUUCCUUUGAAAUAUUAUAGAUUUAUUCUAAAAUUGAGAAAAUGCAAAUUAUCAAAAUAAUUGUUGUCUAUACAAGUAUAUGAAUAGAUAACCGUAUAUUUUUGGGGAAAAACCGAUCAGGAACUAACCAUGUCAUUUUCACGACUUAUUGAAGUGUUUGCCACAAGAAUUCUAUUUGAUUGGGUUUAUUUUUCACAUAGAAGGAAUUUUGUUUAAUUUAUUGAAGUAUUAUAGUUUUACCUAAAGCAUGCAAACCAUGUUCAAUUGCUUCUUAAGAAAUGUUUUUUCUUCUUUUUUUUCUUUUUCUUUUUUGCUACAGUUUGUUUGAAAAAUCUCUUCAUAUUAACAGUGAAAAUGUCAAUUUAAACAUACAAAGAUGGCCACAUAAGUGGGCCCUUUUAAAUCAUAGUACUUUAGACUUUUUAUCAAUGCCACGGAAUGUUUGUAAUUAAUGAAGUUGGCAAUAAAAUAUUUAUUUAGAUGAAGA